GGAGGCUAACCGGUGGUGAAUAUCAGUGUACGCGGCGCGGCGGCGGCGGUUAUAUAUUCGGGGGAGAUUCUACGGGCCGAGUUUUUCCCUCGAAUGAAAAUUUAGUGUCUUUCCAAUACGCGUGGGUGUUGAGUAGCCUUUCGUAUCCCCCGAGUUCCUUCAGGGGCCUUCAUACCGUUUCAGUAGUAAAUGUCGUUAAUAAAGUUCCCGAAUAUUCGAGAGACAAAAGUGAGCGAGUUUUUCGGCUUAUUUUACCGUUAGUUCGAGUAAAUGGCGCUUGUGUCAAUUCUUCAAGAAAAAUAACGUAAUAGAAAAAAGGUGACAAAGAAAGCCACGGAGGAGAAAAAAGGAGAAGGGCUCGUGACCGGACUUGGAUAAAAGCUCCGGCCAAUAGUGCAAAGUUAGUGAAUGUAAACCACGGGAUAAAAGAAAAGGAGGAGGAGACGGUGCGAGCGAGAAUCGCGAGCUAAGGGUGAAAUAUGUGAACGGUGUCGAGUGAGGCGAGCUCCGGGGCCGGUAGGCGCGAGUUUAUAUGCGAUAGAGCACGUUACCGCUAUAAAUGUGUACACGCGAAUCUACAGAUAAACAGUUGACACCGUGAAUAUAGAUACGAAGUAUAAAAUACAAAAGUUAUUUAAUUCGUGCGAGGCUUCAAGACUCAACCGUCUUCUCGAGAACGAGAAAUGUCCACGGUUUCGGUGAGCGGUGCGGAAAUGACGUCGGCCCCUCCGAGCUCCAGGGGAGAAACGAUGAGAAACCGACCACGACGUUUGACCCGUCGUGAAAAAUGGCCUCUCCACCUCGGCCUCUUCCUUCUCUACGUUUUCAUACAACUGGUCGCUUCUUCGACGACGAGAACACCGAGCACGGGAAAAGCGAGCACGGAAUCUUACACGACGGAAAGAACACGUACAACGAGUAUAGGGUCCAAUGAUCUGGUCGCGGAUUCCUCCAGAAAAGAAGAUAAAAAUGAGAGCGAGAGCAACAAGCCUCAGAUGAACGAGGUGAAAGAUGAAAAAACGGCAACGACGACCAAAGAACCAACUACGACGAAACUUCCAAAAGUCGGGGAACCGAUGAGCGAACAGGCGAAAGACUCGGCGAAAGUUCAAUCGAAGCACAAGGAAAAUGAGAAGAAUGAACCUCCGACGACGAAAGGCUCGCCGGACGUCACGACCUCAGCUCCGAGCACUCCCUCGACUACUCCGUCCAGCGAGGCUCAUCCAACGUGGAGACCUCGGCGUCCUUCAAAUUGUUCAGCACCGGCGAUCGAACAAUUUCCAAAUCCAAUUAUCGGUCCAGUUGCGAGAAAACACGGAGGUCUCAUUAUUCACGUGCUCAUUGCUGUUUACACGUUUCUCGGUUUAGCUAUCGUUUGCGACGAUUACUUCGUCUCCAGCCUCGAUCGUAUUUGCGAAGAGUUGAGAUUAUCGCCAGACGUUGCUGGCGCAACUUUCAUGGCUGCCGGGUCCUCGGCCCCGGAAUUAGCGACCGUUAUUAUUGGAGUCUUUUUCGCCCAAGAUGAUAUCGGAGUCAGUGGUGUUAUCGGCAGCGCUGUAUUCAACAUAAUGUUCGUUAUUUCGGUCUGCGGAUUAUGCACAACUACCGUUUCCAAGCUCAAUUGGUGGCCACUCUGUCGUGACUCCUUCUUCUAUUUCAUAUCGAUCCUCGUCAUGCUCGGCACUAUUUACAACGACAGUAUCUCUUGGGCCGAGUCGUUGCUUAUGCUGGUGACAUACGUUAUUUAUUGUGUCGCUCUGUCGUACAACGCGCGUCUCGAGCGUUGGGCCAAGUCCUUCAACAUUCCCUUCCUCCCGAAGGAUGACGAGCCUGCGGAGGAAAGUGCACUCGUGAGUUAUCGUUCGCUCCAAGAGGACAGGCUAUCAUACACCGGUCCGAAUUCUCCGGUUACGGAGCAAGUCAAGAGUCAGGAAGGUGGCGGCUUACCGGAAGUUGGUGAACAGCAACCACCGCCGCCGAAGCAGCCUGAGUAUUACAAGGCGAAAGAGCCUGACCCUAAUGAAGUUUCGCCGUUGGAGAGGCCAGUAGACGCGAGCAAAUGGGUACUUUUUACAUGGGGUCUCGUUUAUCCGAUUCACUACAUGUGCAGAAAAACGAUGCCUGAUUGUCGACAAGAAAAAUGGCGGAGCUGGUAUCCAUUCACAUUCUGCAUUUCCAUGAUAUGGAUCAGUUUUUACAGUUAUCUCAUGGUCUGGAUGAUUACCAUAAUCGGUAGCACACUGGGAAUCCCAGACACUGUGAUGGGUCUGACCUUCGUGGCAGCUGGUGUCAGCGUACCCGACGCGCUGUCAUCAUUGGCCGUGAUAAAAGAGGGUUUAGGUGACAUGGCAGUGAGCAACGCCGUUGGUAGUAACGUCUUCGACAUUCUUGUUUGUCUUGGUCUUCCCUGGUUCAUCCAAACUGCCCUCAUUAAACCAGGCUCUCAUGUCAACGUUACGAGCAGAGGUUUAAUUUAUUCCACGGUCUCUCUUCUCUCGACCGUGGUCUUCCUCGUAGUAGCGACUCAUCUGAACGGUUGGAAACUCGAUCGAAGAUACGGUGUCGUGCUGAUGGCAUGGUACCUCAUUUUCAUAGUAUUCGCUUCGCUCUACGAGCUCAACAUCUUCGGUGAAAUGAAUCCACCGACGUGCGACAGCUCCUUUUAGGCUAAUCACUUUUUCCAGCGAGAUAAAACAAACUCGUCGUCAUGAAUCGGUAAUAACAAUAUAUAAAUACGCGUAUAUGAUUCCCCAUUGCUCAUUAUCGAAUAUCAUUGUCUUCACGCCGGAAAAGCUCUCCAGCCGUGGCGAAAAAUCCGUGCAAAAUUCGACCGAAAGAUAGCGAGAGUCCUUAUUUUUUUCUAAGCAUAAGGCCUUGCAAAAUUUCUCGAGUCGAGAAAAGCCUACGAAAGCAAACGAUGGGUCGCAAGCGAAGGAAGAUGCGCCUCGGUCAUUUUCGAUUAAUUGUUUCCCUGUCCAAAAGCCUUCACAAUAUCUUUCUUUCAAAGCAUCGAAGAAAAAUCGAUUCAAAAGAAAUUCAUCAAUCUCGAAACACGAGUGUCGAAUUCGAUCGAUUUCUUCGGGACAGUACGCUCCGUACGAGAACCAAAUUUGGGAGCGAUCUGGGUGCAAUUUGAAUCGUCAACAUUCAGGGGUUCCUCAAUGAUGCGGUUUAUAGUCACACUUCCAUUAUUUUAUUCAUAAAUUAUUGAUCGACGGACCGAUUCGUUCCAAUUCAAAUUUUUAUGUACUUCAACCGACUUUUUACCAUUUUUGUUUACCAUCGUCGUGUACCAACAAUCUUAAUGACAAGAAAAAUUCUUGGAACGCGUUGAUUCUGGACAUUAAAUUAAAGUUAAAUACUCGCUCGUCUGCUCGGUUUGCUGUGUGUCCAUGAUUUUGUGAAAACUCUAUACGGUCGUAAAACUUUCGGUUGAAUGAAGGCCCACGAGAGAAGUGAGUCCAGUCUCGAUCGUAUUUUUCACUAGACAGUUCGUCAGGACACGCCACCAAAGGCGCAAAACGUCAUUGACGAGAAUACGAGAAGGGGUGAUUCGAGAGACAAUAUAAUUAAUCAGUAUUUCGUUAAAUUUUUUAUUUCAUUGAGAGUCCAUCAACUACGAAAGUUCAUUAUUAGUAUUAUUACAACGAUUAUUAUUAUUAUUGCAACUAAAAUUAAAUAUCCUAGUAUUAUUCGAUCCCGACGAUUAGGUCAGUCGAGAUAACACCAUAAGUGAGAAGAAAGAAGGGCCACGAAUAGAAACUCAUGAAACAAAGAAAAUAAAAAUGAAAAAUAUUAACGCGUAUGCACCUUUCGAGUUGCUAAAAGGAACAAAAAUAACAGUUAUUUAUUAAUCGAAGUAGAUGCGAGGAUAAAUUUCAUCUACGAACGACUUUCGAACGAUUUUUCAAUACGAACACAUGCACUUUCGUAGUUUUAUGUAAAAACAGAGAACCAGUGAAAUAAUCUGUUAAAAAGGAAAAGUAAAAGGGAUGAAAGUUCGCUGUUAAGAAGAGCGAAGAACGGAGACAUCGAAAAAGGAAUUUCAACUUGAAAUUUUCAAGUUCCACGCGUACGCCUCGGGCUGCAAGUACGAUCGCAUUAGCAUAAUAUACAAGACGCUGCCCCGCGUCUCUAGAUAUUUAUUAUUGAAUAAACAAAGUCGAUGGCGGAUCGUGUACGAGCCGCGACGUGCGCCCACGACUUUUGAUCGAAUCCAAUGAGCUAUAAGCAUUGAAGAAAAUAAGAGAAAAAAUACCAACUCAAAGUACACAUUUAUUAUAUAUUAUAUACCUUUUGUUAGUCGAGCUAUAUGAUUAUAUAGGCCUAACGCAUCGGUCAGUCAGUCAGUCGGAUGCGCCGUUUAUAUAUUUAUAAAAUUAUGAGAACAAGGAAAAUGAAAAAAAAAAAAAAAAAUAAUAAUAAUAAAAUAAAAUAAAAUAAAACAAAGUAAAAGAAAUCGCGAUUAGUCGCGAUUUUCUAUGCGUGUACCGAGAGCAGCGUGCGCGCUUUUGAAACUCGGUGACUCUGACAAGUUCAUAUUUGCAUGUAACGAGGAACAAAUUAGUUGUUUACGAACUAGCACUUCGGUCGUGAUCCUUGAACGAUUUCGCUCCUCUCCGAAUACGUUCUUCCCUUUGAAUUCUUCCCUUUUCAUCAACGAAUCGCUUAUUUUCAGAGAACUUUGUUCGUGUCACCGGUUCAAACGUCCUCUCUGUACUUCGCAAUUCAAUUAUAUUAAUAAAUGCAUAUUUAUACAUCGUUGACUCACGAUUGGACACAGACUCGUGUAGCACCAACUCAAUAAGAACACAAUGAAAGAUAUUCCGGGUGGACACUCUUCACAGAUGAAUUUCGAGACUUUACUAUCGAUUGAAAUUUCUACUGUUUACGAUCCUCUGGAACCGUGCGAGAUAAGUGACGGGCUUCUCGCGAAUGCUCAUUAGUUAUAAUUAUUAUAUUAAGGAGUCUUUGGGAAAAAUGAGGAAAAAAGUGGUUCGACGGAUGAUGAGAUUUUUUUCGUCGUUUUAUCGGUCUUUUGUAUUUGAAGACUUGGAAGCUGCUUCCGGAACCGCCUCUCUUUUUUCAGGUUCUCAAAAAUGUAAUAUUUUUUAUUUAUUUUUCAAAGAGUUCAAUGAAGCUUGUAAAAAGAGAGGCAAAGGUUCGAGAAUACUUGAUCUCGUGCAGAAAGACGACUGGGCUCAAUUCGAAUGGCGGGAAAAGUCAUGCGACCGUUUGUUGGGUAAUUUUUAGUCCAAGUUUUCGCAUUAGCAAUAAUUGAAAUUUCGCAUCAGCAAUAAAGAACUUUGGAUUCUCGGAGACUUCAAGGGAAUCGCAAACAGUGAGAUUUCGACGGUUGCAGCAUGUUUGACAGUAAAUUUAUCGGUGAAGCGUCCUCAAAAGUCAACAGUUUACAAAGAAUAAUAUAAUCGCGAAUGAAUUAAGCUGCGCGCGCAAGUAUUUCGCGAGAUCAAAGAGAUUCCUCGUUAGCGUGAGUCGUUGUUAUACCAAGCCCUGCACUCCACACCGAGCGAGUGGGGGACUGUGAAAACGACAUUUUCUUAAAUGCCGCUUCCGGGGGGAAAUUCGUAAAUUCGUCAAAACUUUUUUUUUUCCAUUCCCCAAAACCGACAAUGACACUUUAAGCAGAAGCUCCGUGUGUGCGAAUUCCCAGAAAAGUAGACUUUGUUUUGAGUUUAAAAUAUUCGAGAAUUGGAUAAUCCAAAACGAAUAAAAUUCCGUGCCCCCCCGGGACGGAGAAUCCGCCAGGAAAAUUGAGCUCCUUUUGUUGAUCCUCGUAGUUUCGCAGGAAACGAAAAAAAUGUUGAAAAAAACGAAGACCGACUCGUUGGGUGGAGAGUGCAGUGAAUUCUCAAACGUUCAGUCGUCGGCGUUUCCGGCUCGGAUAUAUAAAACUGUGUAAAAAGAUGUGAGCGCAUGAAAACAGAGGUCGUGACGAACGCAUAAGUACAAUACGAAUAAAGAGGGGGGGGGGGGGGGCGAGCGAUGAGACGAAGUUGAGAAGAAAAUGGUUGACAGCAUGAGGUGUGUUCCACUUAUCGCCCAAAACGCCCAAAAUGCCCCAAUAUCCUAUCCCAGUAGCCGUCGUCUGAGCGUUACGGGCGAUAAGUGGAACGCACCUAUGGUUGACAGAAAAGUCGAAAAAAAAGAGAAGCGAAGAGUCCCAUUAGGGAAGAGAGUUUUCGUUAAGGCGUUGUUGGCUUCGUGGGAAGUGUUCUCGCGUUAUCGAAGAGAAAAAAUUGAAAAAAAAAAAAAACGAAAAAAAGGAAGACAAUAAUUGACUCAGCCUUAUCCGAUGAAAGUAUCUACAACAAGAUGACUCUGCGCGUUCCUUGAAACUUGCGCUUCCAGAAUCCUUUGAUCUUUCGAUCGUGAGCUGUCAGCGGCGAAAUAGGUCGUUUUGAUAGAUCGAGGAUGGUCGCGCGCGCGAGGAAACGACGCCCUCUGGAGCCCCCGGCGGGCUCGCACCACGACGUGCUUUAAAUUUUUGCGAUAAAAUAACAUUUAAAAAGGUAAUAAAACGAUGAAAUUCAUUGCUUCGUGUAAGAUAUAUUUGAAUUGUUCCGAUGCAUCGAUCUUCCGUGCAAGAUUUUCGCAGCGCGAUUUUCAUUUUAGUCUCCAAUCGUGCACAUUUUAUUGUAUUUACUCGUGGAUGCGUGAAAGGGAGCGUAAACGAGAGGGCAGACAAGCAUUAGCUCCUUCGGUGACAUUGACGCCAUCUGCCGUCAGAUUUUCAGCGCUUUGGGCAAUGGCGUGGAAAAUGUCUUGCCACCGAAGAGGUUAACGACGAACAAAAAUAUAAAAAAUAAACGAAGAAGUGACGAAUAAAACCCACGAGGAUAGCGAUCGAAAGAACCUUUAGACCUUAUUAUUUAGCAUCUAUAUCGUGUAAAAAAUAUAAAUAAAUUUCAAAUGAAAGAAAAGCUUAGCUCGAUUUUUAGAUGUGUCGAGUUCGAUCACAGGGAGUUUAGCAACAUGAAAAACAUUGUUAUUAUCAUUGGAUAAAUGAGCGUCAAAAUAUAGUGAAACGUUGAAUAAAAAUGUUGCGCCGGAUUAUUGCCACGAUAAAUCUAAUCGAAUGAAUAACGGCUACCGCGGUGCUAUAAAACAACAAACAAACAAAAACGCCACAAUUGGAGAAACAAGUCGGCCAUAUUUAUUGAUUAAUUCAUACACUUUUGUGGACCAGAUAAUAGGAAGUUUAAUGGUCUUGCGAGAAGCUGCAGAGCGAAUAAAAAAUUCAACAAAACUGUUACGUUAUUUUGCAAAAGUGUGAAAGAUUACGCGUUUCAUCGUGCGAACGAGAGUUGUAUGCUGACGAAACGAAGGUAUAUCUGCGAGUCACGUUAUGACAAAACUCAGAAACUCAACGAAAAUAACUUACCCUCCAUGACAAAUCGUUUUCUAUAUAAGCUAAAGCUUGAAAAACCAAAAAUAAAAGGAAAAAAAACCAAACAAACAAACAAACCAAAAACUCUGUAAUCGACUUCGAAAAGUUUUGGUCGCAUAGCAAAGACGAUCACCUCUCGUUACUUUGAAACAAAACUUCCGAAAUUUGGUUUUAGUCGCGCGUAACAUAAAAGCUACGAAUAAUUUCGUAUAAAAGUGAUUAGACAAUAUUUUUAAUUGCAUAAGUUGGUAGUAGAAUAAUCGAUUGGCGAUAAUAAUGUAAUUGAUAAAAAAAACGAACGAUUUAUUGAAUGCUAAGAUUCAAAGUAAUCAGAGGUGCCCUUUACUGUAUGUACGAGUGUAGUAUUUAUAUAUAGUGAGUGGCGUUCAGGAAUUGGUGAUGAGAGUCAAUCGUAGAGGUUACGAGUAAGCACUACAGACCGUACGAGUCUCUUAGGCUGAUCAACAAGAAACGUCUGAUGUCUCGGCCCCCAAAUAUUCAGAACUCGAUCAAUUCUCAUCGUGUCUUUACAUCGUAAAAAAAGUCAAUAAGUGUUAUCGUUUACGAUUCUUGUUGUUCGGUAUUUCGCUUUACCAAUUUAUUAAAUUAGUGCAAAGCCUCUCUGGAGAAGUAAACGGUCGAUGAAGCGAAACGGGAAAACAGUGAACUCGCAGCUGAGAACAGUGAGCCUCAAAUUCCAAUGUUUCCGAAUAAAUAUUUCCUCCGGUCAAUUAAAAGGAUUCACUCAAAAUUCGGCUUUGCCUAUCUAUUCUCCUCGUUACUAUUUUCAAGUUGACUCGAACUUCAGACAAACAUAACCUAAAACACUCGUCGGGGCUUUGAGAGAAAACUCAAACGGUCACCGAUAAUCAACGAUUUAUUCCAUUAUUCUACGUCUCUCCCACCUCUACCAACUGUUUAAAACAAUCCUCAAGCGUCAAUAUAUCUAGUUAUAGCUUAAUAGCGUUAUGUACAUAAUUGUUGUACCAACGUCGUGAAUACGUAUGUAUGAACAAAAGUAUAGUUAUUUACAUAUAUCCGUUUACAUAUUUAUUUGUAUGUAAUUGCAUACGAAUAAAUGCGUAUGUGGAUUAUGAAUGUUGCAAAUAUAAAUGCAUACCCAAAACCCAAAACGUGGAGUAGCAAAGCGUACUUAACAAAUACACACACACAUAUAUAUAUAAAUAUAUAUAUUGUAAUGACCUUCAUAUACGCACCAUUCGAGAGAAAAGAAAAGAAAAAAAACAAGGAAAUAAAAAUGAAUAACUAUAUACGAUUAUCGCAGAGAAACAAUUUAAUACAAUUAAUUAUUUGAUUGAAUUAGCGAAAUAUCGGAAAAACCCAUAUUUAGGUGUUAUAUACUCCGAUGUAUUUAAAAUGUUUCAAAAUAAAGCUAUUGCUAAAUAA